UCAACAUGGCGGACUUGACAAUGGCGGUGGUCGUGGUCACUAGCUAACGGGGACAGCAGCGCAGGCAGGACCGCGAUGGGCCGAUAUUUACCCCCAAUACGUCAAACUAACGGCCGGACUCAGCCGUUGGUGAUGGACCAACGGUAGUUACGGUUGUUUUACGCUAUUUUUACGACGUGUUAGGUUACAGUUUCUAAAGGGAGAAGCGGCAGAGUUUAGCUAACUUGGCGGAAUUGUUCUUCCCGGGAAGGAAGUUUGCUGUUGCGGAGGAAACGGAGUAGGAAACCGGGGAGGGCCGAACUAUCCCGACAUGGAGGACUCCGGGUCGGCCCUGGAGAAGAACGUCGCGGACCUCACGGUGAUGGACGUGUACGACAUCGCCGCGGUGGUGGGCCAGGAGUUCGAGCGGAUCAUAGACCAGUACGGCUGCGAGGCUCUGUCCCGGCUCAUGCCCAAAGUGGUGCGCGUGCUGGAGAUCCUGGAGGUGAUGGUGAGCCGCAACAGCAUCAGCCCGGAGACCGAGGAGCUGCGGCUGGAGCUGGACAAGCUGCGGCUGGAGCGGAUGGACCGGCUGGAGAAGGAGAAGAAGCACCGAAUGGAGCUGGAGCUGGUGGAGGACGUGUGGAGAGGAGAAGCUCAGGACCUGCUCACCCAGAUCGCCCAGCUGCAGGAGGAGAACAAGUCCCUCCUCACCAACAUGUCCAACAAAGACCCCAUGAGUGAGGAGGACCUGCAGCGGCAUGAGGGUAUGACGGAGAGAGAGAGGCAGGUGAUGAAGAAGCUUAAAGAGGUGGUGGACAAGCAGAGAGACGAGAUCCGGGCCAAGGAUCGUGAGCUCACGCUGAAAAACGAGGACAUAGAAGCACUUCAGCAGCAGCAGUCUCGCCUCAUGAAAAUCAACCACGACCUCCGCCAUAAAAUCUCCGUUGUGGAGGCUCAAGGGAAAGCUCUGAUUGAACAGAAGGUGGAACUGGAGGCCGGGGCUCAGGCGCGGGGGCAGGAAGUCACUGCGCUUCGGCAGGAAGUUGCACGCUUAAGGGAACGCCUUCAAGGAAGCCUGCCUGCCCAGAACCCUGAGGAACCCCCACCUCUACCCCCCUCACCUGCAGAGCAUGGUAAAGCUGCUACAGUGGUGGUGGGGGCUGAGAGCUGGUCAGACAGACCUGACCCCUCAGAGCUGAUGUUGGGCGGGUUUGACCCCUCCCUGCCUGGUUCCCUCAGCCCAGAGGGACACGAGGAUGGGAAUGAGGAGGCUGAGGACGAGGCCGUGUUGCUUUGGGAGGCGAUGUGCGAUGAGGACAUGCCGGCUGUGUUCCAAUAUUUUACAAAGGAGGCGAUGUGCGAGGAGGAGACAGGAGGCUUGGACCCAAAGGACCCCAACCGACCCCGGUUCACCCUGCAGGAGCUGAGGGACGUCCUCCACGAGAGGAACGAGCUCAAAGCCAAAGUCUUCCUGCUGCAGGAGGAGCUGGCCUACUACAAAAGUGAUGAGACAGAAGAUGAGAUCGUUACUCCUUCCUCGUCUCCUUCACCUGAACUAAGGACUCGCUCCCGCUCUUCUGCACAGCCAGAGUCAGGAAUCAAACGCCUGAUCUUCACCGCCAUUAUGCCGAUGGUGGCGGCUGGUUUGAUCCCAGAUGACCCCACUUUACAGCCAAUCAGACGUCUCAUAUCGCUUGUUUAGUUUCUUCUCUCGUGACAAGCAGCGUAACUUGCACCGCAGUGAGCCGUUUGACUCCGGCUCGUGGACGGGGAAGGAGGACGUGUACACGGAACAAGCCCAGGAGGCGUUACAGCACUUGUAGAGUCGCCGGACUGGAAACAAAACUCCAAAAAACUCUUAACUCUCCACGUCCAUCACUCGAGGUCCCGGAUCCUGAAGUGUUCGAUCGCACACCAAAACCCCCUACCGGUGACUCACACUGCACCUGAACAUAUCUGGGGCUUGAGGUGAGACAGACGAGAGGGAUUCACCUAGAAUGAGGCUCCAGCUUGAUUAGAAGUGUAUUUAAUCCCCUGAGAAUACUAUAUAAUAUACAAACUGUGUAUCUCAUUGAGCGAUGGCGUAUACUAAGACUUUAAAAAUGCUAGAACAUGUGUUGGUGCCCGAAGGGUUUGACGGAAUCACACGCGCUUCACGUGAUCUGGAGAGAGGGUAAACUCAAGUUGUAGGAUUGAAAGUAGAAAGUGGUUGAAUGAUGUGUUGAGUGGGUGAAAAGGACGA